AUGGCUGUCCGUUCCACGACCAAGGGCGAAGAUGCUGCCUCCAAGCUUCGAAAGCAGUAUCCGAACGCUGAGAUCAAUGUGUGGCAGCUUGAUAUGUCUUCAUAUGACUCGAUCCGCGGUUUCGUGGCACGAGUCGAGAAGGACCUUCACCGCCUUGACGUUGCCAUUUUGAAUGCCGGGUUGGGAUUUGGCCACUUUAAGAUCAUACCCGCUACUGGCCAUGAAGAGACGGUACAGGUUAACUAUCUCUCUACCAUGCUCUUGACCAUCUUGUUGCUUCCUAUUUUAAAGAGCAAAUCUCCGGCCGGCUCGCCUGGGAGAUUGACAAUCAGCACAGCUAUGCUCUCAAUUGCUGCCAAGUUUGCCAAUAAGAACGAAAUCCCGCUUCUACCUUCAUUUGAUGAUGAGAAGUUCUUUGACUCUCGCGAUGUUUACUCAACCUCAAAGUUACUAGGUCAAAUGUUCGUGUGGAAGCUGACGGACGUUGUGUCUGCCAACGACGUUGUCGUAAAUCUAGUUGAGCCUGGAUUCAUCAAAGGCACGGCACUUCACAGUGAUAGACCUGUUGCCACAAAGGUUUUCAUGGGCUUGUUCAUGGCUGCAGCUGCCCGACCUGUCCAAGUCGGUGCAUCGACUUAUAUCGAUGCAUCAAUCCUUAAGGGUGAGGAGUCUCACGGAUGUAUUCUAAUGAACUGGGAGAUCUCGCCAUACGCCCCAAUCCAGUACACACCAGAGGGCAAGACUAUCAUGGACAGACUUUGGCAGGAGACUUUGAGCGAGUUUAGUUUCGUUGAUGUCAACGGACUUCUCAAGUCAUUAUAA